AUGUACCAAAAUCAUGAUAAGAGCUUCACUUUCAUUCUCAAGAGCCCUCCUGCUUCUGUUUUGCUCCUCAAGGCUGCCGAUAUGAAUUGCACCAUUGUUCAAUCAACCAUGAGAAAUAUAUUAGUAACUAUUUCUAAUAUGGGUAUUGAUGUUGAUCCUCCUAUUCUUGAACCCAAAAAUAAAGUAAUCCCAUAA